ACUCACAGCUCAGACCUGAACUUGUCAUAGUCGAAGCUGAAGCUAUGUCUCCACAAAGCACGUCUGUGGCUGUUUUGAUUGGGACCGUAGUCAUCGUGUCCCUAAUGAGACCGGACUGCACAGCUAUUAAGGAAAAUAACGAAGGAUUCAAACUAUGCGUCACAUCAAUGCGAGGUGUCAAAGACCUCUCACAUCAAAACAUCACCAGUGUUCCAUCAAGUCUUUCCAACGAAACACAGUAUUUGGACAUCUCCUACAACGUCAUCCAAACGCUGGAAGGAACUGAGUUUUCUGGACUAUCCCAGCUUUGUUUUUUGAAAGCAGCUCACUGUGGACUUCGGGAGAUUUCAGCCACAGUGUUCACCCACACACCAGCACUCAAAAUUCUCAACAUAUCUAACAAUGACUUAGCGUUCAUCCCUGACAUUUCCUUGAAACAGCUGAAAAUUCUUGAUCUGGCCAACAACCUGUAUACCAGCUAUGAAUUACCGGCAUCCUUUCAGAACUUCACAAAGCUAGACUUCCUGUCUCUGGGUAGUACAGCUGCUCUGUCAGUGAGCUACGGUGACUUUGAUGCCCUGAUGAAUGCUUCUGUUCAGCAUCUGGCUUUGGGAGCAGGAACUCACUGGCAAAAGUAUGAAUCUGGUUCUCUUGCAAAAAUCAAGUCUCUCAAAAAACUGUCCCUAUUUGCAUCUUUUUGUGGAACCUUUGGGAUGUUUGAGAACCUCCUUGUGGACUUGAAUGUGACACAAGUAAAAAUGUUGCGAUUCAUCUCUCUAUUUCCAGACAGCUGCAAUGUGAGCGACAACCCCUUUAAGAACCUGAGAACAAUGCCUUUUAUACAGAAUCUCACCUUAGAAAACACCUGGAUAAACAGCACGUUUAUGGUGGUGUUCAUAAAGAACGUGUGGCUUUCCCCUCUCCACGAGCUCUCAUUUGUCAACAUCACUUACAAUGAGGAUACACCAGAUGGCUUUAAUUUACCACCCAUUAAUCACACAAUCAGUCUUUCCUCAGUUAUCUUUAAUGGUGUGAAUCAUUAUCAAUACAGAUAUCCCACGAUAAACAUGAGCUUUGAGGCCUUCUCCAGACUGACCUAUUUAAAGUUCUCUGGGACUGGAAUGAAUAUUUUACCCUGCGGAGUCAUGACUGCCCUGCCAUCACUGGAGAUUCUUGAUCUAUCAGAUAACCUGCUGACAGAGUCGGGCUUCUGGUGGACUCCGUGUUCAAACAGCUCUGUUUUUCCCAAACUGCGGAAGCUGUCUUUAAGCAGGAACCGCUUCAGCAGUCUUUCCUUUAUCUCUCAGAAGACACAUCAGAUGAACUCACUAGAGUCUCUGGAUCUCAGCUUCAACUCCAUCCACUUGGAUGGGGACUGCUAUUGGCCUGCUCAGCUGACUGAGCUUAGCCUUGGAAACAACAACCUGGGCAACAGUGUCUUUGCAUAUCUGUCAUCAGACUUUGAGAAGAUUGACUUGUCAAAGACAGGAAUAACGUCUAUAAUGCAAAAGGAUCUGACUCGCUUUUCCAAGCUGACACAUCUUACACUUAGCUCCAACAGCAUCCAGGUUAUCCCGGUAGAUCUUAGUGUCCCAGCUCUGCUAAGUCUUCACAUAGACCAGAAUGCUAUCACAUCUAUAUCGAGAGAGGUCUUGGCAGGGCUUCCCAGGCUUCAGAAACUCAAAGUUGGAGGCAAUCCGUUUGUCUGCUCGUGUGACUCCUAUUGGUUCAUCACUGCUUUCAACAAGUCCUUGUUAAUGGACUGGCCCUUAGAUUAUACAUGUAACACACCACUGUCAUUUGCAGGUCUGCCAUUGUCAGAGUACAAACCCAGUAAGCUACUCAGAAGUUUGCUGAGGCAGCAGACAUACCUUGAGUGGCCAAAAGAUGACAGGAAGCAGCAGACUUUCUGGGCAAGCCUGAAAUCCACGCUGCAUAUUGCAGACAAAUCUGUUGUUCUGAAAGACAUUGCACUGGCCAUUUCAGAUACAGUACCUCUGGUUGCAGACCAAAUAUUUACUCAGCAGACACAUUAUCUCAUAAUGCUCCAGCCCUUCUGUCUUCAUUAACUAGCUCAGACACUGUAAGGUGGUCGGUUGAUGCUGAUUCUGGUGUGUCCUUUGAUUGGUGGAGGUAGUCAAAGUUAACAUUGUCGGUCCGUGUCCUCGUGUGUCUCUGCAGACGUUGCUUAUAUCACUUUGACCAAACAAGAAGCUGCUUCUUUACCUGCAGCGUACAAUGGGAAGCCACACAUUUUUGUUUGCAUGGAGUCAUGCAUGGAGCAAGACUGACAGACUGCAAUACUGAAGAUGCAAUCAAGGAGUCCAAUGAAUGAAAAAAUACAAAAGCUGCACGUGCUGCCCACCUUUCUCAUAAGCAUCAGUUUUUACUGGGCUUUAUUUGAUGAACUGGCCGAGCCCACACCCCCUCACAUGUUCAGCCGUGUACACAAAGGCUGUGUAGAAAAUCAGCUUCACAAAAUCAAACUUGACACUCAACAAAAAUGCCGGUUUGAAAUAAAGACGUCAGUGGUCAGAAACAGGAUUACAUAGAUUACUGUGUUUAAUGUACUAAAAGUAAUGUGACGAUUCUUUCUCAGUUAACAUUAGUCACAGCACAGUGGGAGAAAAGUACACUCGCAGUCAACUUACCUGGACGUUAAGCUGUUCAGUGCUUCAAGAACUUUUAUCAGCGUCUCUUUCUUUUCACAGACUCUUAUAUUGGUUUUAUCAUAUUGAGAUCAGCGACCUAUAAGGACCUCACUGUCUAUUUUCUGGCAGCUAAAGCAGUUGUUUAUAAGUAAAUGUUGUUUUGCCAAAGUGUGUCGGCGGGUGCUCAGAUUCCUCUCUGAUGCUACUGCAAGAGCAAAUAAAAACAAUUCUCAAACCCUUUGCACAGUAUUGUUUAUGGCCAGGUCACAAAUGUUUCCUAGUUUUUCUCUUAAAAUUGGAAAAAUAUACGGUGACUGAAAACUGUGGCUCGUGUUAGCUGCAUUAAAAAUGCAUAGAACAUUAAUGUGGAUUAUAAAA